AUGACGGACAUUUAUCAAGACGAGUCUAUGUAUGACCAAGGGGAAGAUUAUGGUGACUCAUACGGCUACGAUGAUUAUGGUGAUCAGCAAAUCCAACCUGAAGAUUGUUGGGCAGUUAUUUCUUCAUUCUUCCAGGAAAAGGGUUUAGUGUCGCAACAGAUUGAUUCGUUUGAUGAAUUUGUGAACACAACUAUCCAAGAGUUGAUUUGGGAAGAUCCUUCAUUGGUUCUUGACCAGCCAGCCCAACAUAUGACUGAGACUGAUAAUAAAAAUAAAAGAUACGAAAUCACGUUUGGGAAGAUUUUCAUUACAAAACCAAAUAUCACCGAACCUGAUGGGGAUGUGAGACAAGUGUUUCCUCAAGAAGCAAGAUUGAGAAAUUUGACAUAUUCAUCGUAUUUGCAAGUGGAAAUUAGUAAAAGAGUAUUGGUUUCUAUUGAUGAUCCAAAUAAUAUUGUGCCAGCCUCAGAAGUUGAAUGGAUUGUGGAAGAGGAAGAUGUGAUUAACGAAGAUACCGCGGCUCCAUUGGCUCCUAUUGGUAAGGUUCCAAUCAUGGUCAGAUCUAAGUUCUGUAUGUUACAGGAUUUCUCCAUGCAAGAAUGUUACGAAUUGAAAGAAUGUCCUUACGAUAUGGGUGGUUAUUUCAUCAUUAACGGUUCUGAAAAGGUUUUAAUCGCCCAAGAAAGAGCUGCUGCGAAUAUUGUUCAAGUUUUCAAGAAGUCUGCACCUUCUCCUAUUCAAUUUCUUUCUGAAGUUAGAUCGGCUAUUGAUAAUGGUUCUAGAUUGAUCAGUAAUUUGGAAAUUAAAUUGAUGAGAAACAAAACCAUCAAGGCCACUUUGCCGUACAUUAAGGCUGAUAUACCAUUAUUGGUUGUCUUUAGAGCGCUCGGUGUUGUCCCAGAUGGUGAUAUUAUUGAACAUAUCUGUUAUGAUGAAAACGAUUGGCAAAUGUUGGAGUUGUUGAAACCAUCAAUUGAAGAAGCAUUCGUCAUUCAAGAAAGGGAAGUCGCUUUGGAUUUCAUUGGUAGAAGAGGUAAUGUCCUUGGUAUUAGAAGAGAAAAACGUAUCCAAUAUGCUAAAGAUAUCUUGCAGAAGGAAUUGUUACCACACAUUACUAGAGAAGAAGGUUUCGAAUCUCGUAAAGCAUUCUUUUUGGGUUACAUGGUGAAUAAAUUGUUGUUAUGUGCAUUGGAAAGAAAGGAACCAGAUGAUAGAGAUCAUUUUGGUAAAAAAAGAUUGGACUUGGCUGGUCCAUUGUUGGCUAAAUUGUUCAGACUUUUGUUUAGAAAGUUAUCUAGGGAUAUUUUCAGAUAUAUGCAAAGAUGUGUGGAAACAAACAGAGAUUUCAACUUGUCAUUGGCAAUUAGACCAUCUACUAUCACUGAUGGUUUGAGAUAUUCGUUGGCCACUGGUAACUGGGGUGAACAAAAGAAAGCCAUGUCCGCUAAGGCUGGUGUGUCUCAAGUGUUGAAUAGAUAUACUUACUCAUCCACAUUAUCACAUUUAAGAAGAACUAAUACCCCUAUUGGUAGAGAUGGUAAGAUUGCCAAGCCUAGACAAUUGCAUAACUCGCACUGGGGUCUUGUGUGUCCUGCAGAAACUCCUGAAGGUCAGGCUUGUGGUUUGGUGAAAAACUUGUCUUUAAUGACUUGUAUUUCUGUCGGUACUCCUUCAGAAGCCAUCGUUGAAUAUUUGGAAGAAUGGGGUAUGGAUCCUCUUGAAGAUUAUGUUCCUCACAAAGACACCAAGUCGACUAGAAUUUUCGUUAAUGGUGUGUGGGUUGGUGUUCAAAAAGAUGCUUCUAUUAUUGAUGAAGCUUUGAGAGGCUUGAGAAGAAAAGGUGAUAUCAAUCCUGAAGUGUCGAUUGUCAGAAACGUUAGAGAAAAAGAAUUCAAGAUUUUCACUGAUGCUGGUAGAGUUUACAGACCAUUAUUUGUGGUAGAGGAGGGUCGUCUUAAGUUGGAGAAGAAGCAUGUGCUUGACUUGCUAGAUACUCAAGCAAAGGCAGACGAAGAAGUGGAAGGUGAAGUUGCAGAUGAUGAGGACUUUGAAAAAUUCACCUGGUCUUCAUUGGUCAACGAAGGUAUCAUUGAAUAUAUUGAUGCCGAAGAAGAAGAAACCACCAUGAUUGCCAUGACUCCGGAAGAUUUGGAAGGCGCAAAGGAUAAUUCUGAAGAUCCAUCUGGUAGAAUUAAGAUCAAGCAUAAUACAAGUAACCAAACAUGGACUCAUUGUGAAAUUCAUCCUUCUAUGAUUUUGGGGGUUGCGGCGUCAGUUAUUCCAUUCCCUGAUCACAAUCAAUCUCCAAGAAAUACGUAUCAAUCCGCUAUGGGUAAGCAAGCUAUGGGGGUUUUCUUAACAAACUAUGGUUUCAGAAUGGAUACCAUGGCAAACAUUUUGUAUUACCCUCAAAAGCCUUUGGCCACCACCAGAUCUAUGGAAUAUCUUAAAUUCAGAGAAUUGCCGGCUGGUCAAAAUGCUAUUGUUGCAAUUUUGUGUUACUCUGGUUAUAACCAAGAAGAUUCCGUCAUUAUGAAUCAAUCAUCCAUUGAUAGAGGGUUAUUCAGAUCUUUGUUCUUCAGAUCUUAUAUGGAUCAGGAAAGAAGAGAAGGUAUGAAUUUUGUUGAAGAGUUUGAAAAGCCACAACGUAGUAAUACUUUGAGAUUGAAACAAGGUACAUAUGAAAAAUUGGAUCCGGGCGAUGGGUUGAUUGCCCCGGGUGUCAGAGUUUCUGGUGGUGAUGUCAUCAUUGGUAAGACUGCGCCAAUUCCUGCUAAUAACGAAGAAUUAGGUCAACGGACGCAGUUCCACACAAAGAGAGAUGCUUCCACAACCUUGAGAAUCACAGAAAAUGGUAUUGUUGACCAAGUUCUCUUGACUACCAACCAAGAAGGUUUGAAGUUCUCUAAAGUUAGAAUCAGAACCACCAAAGUUCCUCAAGUCGGUGACAAGUUUGCUUCCAGACACGGUCAAAAGGGUACUAUUGGUAUUACUUAUAGACAUGAAGAUAUGCCAUUUACUGCCGAAGGUAUCGUUCCAGAUUUGGUUAUCAAUCCCCACGCUAUUCCAUCUCGUAUGACGGUGGCGCAUUUAAUUGAAUGUUUGUUGUCGAAAGUCUCAUCAUUGUCUGGGUUGGAAGGUGAUGCUUCUCCAUUUACUGAAGUCACUGUCGAAGCGAUUUCUGAACUUUUGAGAAAGCACGGUUAUCACUCCAGAGGGUUCGAAGUGUUGUUCCACGGUCAUACUGGUAAGAAGUUGAUGGCCCAAUGUUUCUUUGGUCCAACUUAUUAUCAAAGAUUGAGACAUAUGGUUGAUGAUAAGAUCCACGCCAGAGCCAGAGGUCCACUUCAAGUUUUGACUAGACAACCUGUGGAAGGUAGAUCUAGGGAUGGUGGUUUAAGAUUCGGGGAGAUGGAGCGUGAUUGUAUGAUUGCCCAUGGUACGUCGGCGUUCUUGCGUGAAAGAUUGAUGGAAGCAUCUGAUGCUUUUAGAGUCCAUAUUUGUGGUCUUUGUGGGUUGAUGAGUGUUAUUGCCAACUUGAAGAAGAAUCAAUUUGAAUGCAGAGCCUGUAAAAACAAGACCAACAUUUAUCAAAUUGAAAUUCCUUAUGCUGCCAAAUUGUUGUUCCAAGAAUUGAUGGCUAUGAAUAUUACCCCAAGAAUGUAUACGGAUCAUUCGACCUUGAGUGUUCGUUAA